AUGGAUAUCAACACACGAUUAGAUAGAAUUAUAUCUGAUCCAGUCUUUACUAGAAAUUUAACAUUAUUAAGAUAUUUUUCUAAUCGUUUUAUUUGUCCAUUGGUUGACACAGUACUUGAUCGAUUUUGUUCACAAACAUUACUUCAAAUACAUUAUAAAAUAGAUUGGCUUAAUCUUGAAUCAUUAUCUAUGGAACGUAUUCUUCUUGCUGCUGCUGAUUAUCCUAAUUUACAUAAUCUUGGUCUUUACAAUGUUGACAAGAAGACUGCUGAAAGUGUUUUCGCAGGUGGAUUAUUCAAAUGUGUUUAUGAAGUAUCAUUAUUUGAUGAUCGUCCUUUCGAACAUGAAUUUUUUGUUCGAAUUGCUCAAGCAUUUCCACUGUUGAAAAAAUUAUCUAUGAUUAAUCGAACACCGCAAAAUCAAAGAACAAAGAAUAAUAAUGAAUAUUUAUCAAUCAUCGAAUAUCUUCAUCUAAUUGAAUUAGAUUUUCUCGAUGUUAAUGAUGAUUACCUCGAAUAG